CGACAAAUCCCUCGUCGUAAGCAAGCUCGCUCGCUGCACGCCGCCGCAGCGCAGCACAGAUGUCCGGCCCCCGCUCGGAACCGGCCUUCGGCGUCGGCGCGUGCGCCUCCGUGCAACAAAGGUACGAAAGGCGAGACCGCGUCGGCGAGGGCACGUACGGCGUCAUCUAUCGGGCCUGGGACCGGCAACUACAGAGAGUUGUGGCCCUCAAAAGAUUACUGCCCCACAACGAGGCGCAGGACGGCUUUCCCUUGACGUCCCUGCGGGAGGUCUCGACUUUACGACUGUUGCGGGGCCACGCGAACGUCGUUACCUUCCUGGACGUCGCUGUUGGUGCUAGAAGGGACGCGGUGUUUUUAUCACUGGAGUUUGCGGAGCAUGGAGAUUUAGGCUCGUUGCUCGACGACCGAGCCAUACGGAAGGGGCGGAAGAGGUUGUUUGACAUUUCUCAAACCAAAUGUUUAACAAGGCAAUUGCUCCUAGCAUUGCGGCACUGCCACGAGCGCUACGUGUGCCACCGGGACGUAAAAGUGGCCAAUCUACUGUACACGGCGGAGGGGCGCUUGAAGCUCUGCGACUUCGGCCUGGCGCGCAUCAUACCUUCCAUUGAUAGAGCGUUAACUCAAAAUGUCGUGACGCUGUGGUAUCGCGCGCCCGAGGUGUUGCUGCGAUCGCCGUCCUAUGCCCACCCCAUCGACUGCUGGGCGGCGGGCUGCGUCAUCGCCGAGAUCUUUCGGGACGGGCGGCCUUUAGCGCCUGGUAGCACUCCGCAACAGCAGUGGACGAAAAUAUUGGACGCGAUCGGCGCGCCUUCGUCCGACGUGUGGCCCGGGUGUACCGAGCUUCCUGGUUUCGACGGUUCUGUGGCGUCUCUACCUCUACCAGUAGGUAGCUUCGCGAGGGCGUCGAAACUCAAUGUUUUGGUACCGGACGCGUCGUCCCAGGCGCUGGACUUGUUGUCCGGGCUGCUGUGCUACGACCCUAGGAGGCGGGACACGGCGUCGGAAGCACUAGCGUCGGCGUGGUUCGACGAGGCGCCGCGCAGUGCGCCGCUCCACGGCAUGCCGACGUUUAACAUCGAGGAGACGACCGGCCGGAAGCGCGCGCCUCCUUCCAAAGCUCCCGAGGCGUCCGCCAAAAGGCGGCGGGCCUAA